UUGUAUAUGAAGUUCAAAGUGUCCUCCUAAUCCACUUGGGACUAAAGGUCUAUAAACCUAAUUGGACUUGGAAUCAUAUGAUAAUCCUUAUAAAAAAAAAAGUUAUUCACGUGAUAUAGAGGUAUAGCUGAAAAAAAAACUAAGUGCAUGAGCUGUUUAUACGAACAAAAAGUGCAAAGCAUAGGUACAAAAGAUUGCGUGUGUGGAAAGAAGAUGGAGAGCUCAAUAGGGUUUAUGACAGUCUUUGCCGUCUCUGGAACCGUGGUGCUCGUUGCGGCUCAAGUACACAAGCGUCUCUUGUCCUGUUACAUGCAAAAGUUUGAACUUCAGUUUGAUAUGGAGAAUAAGGAGAAGAACAAGAACAAGAAGGAGAAAAAGGUAAGUUUUGCAGAAGAUGUGAUGGAUCCGUCAGGGAACAACAAAGAGUAUCGCCGGAAAAAUAAGAAAUCAAAAUUCGAGGAUGGAGAAAGAAUCAGAAGAAUCUCACAAAAGAGUCAAGUUUUAUAACAAGUCAACUCACAAAAGAGUCAAGUAUUGUUUUCUAAAAUAAUUUCUUUUUUGGUUAAAUCUAAAGUAAUUUCUAUU